AUGAGAUGGACACUCUUCCUGGUAACCAGAGAAGGGCAGACCCCAGCCACAGGGUGGUGAGGCUACUUGGGGGCCCUCAGAAGAGGACCGAGCUGAGUGACAGGGCUGCUAUGCGCUGGGGCCUCGCGCACGGACGGGUGGUGAGGGAGUUCGUGUGUGUGGAGGUGGCGGGGGUCCUGUUGAACUCCCCGCCGGGCGGCCGGUGGGGUUGUGGGGAGGAGGGAGAGUUAGGCGGUGAUUCGGGGCCCUCACGUGACCGGAAGCUGCAGAGCCACGCAGCCUUCGAAGCAGUCAUCACUCCUGUCUGGGUACCAGUUCCCCGCUGCCCUGCGCACGGCGGGCUGGCAUCGGGCCCGGGCCCGGGAAGCGGAGCAGGAGAAAUGGAAUCCAAAGAGGAACAAGCGGUAAAAAAUAUCUACAUGAAAAAUACCAACCAGGAAAAUGAAAAAAAGGAUGAAAAGGAACAAGAUGCUAAUAAAGGAGAGCACUUGGCCCUCCCUUUGGAAACUGGUGAAUGCGGUGUGCCUAGAGGAAAUCGUGGGCAGAUCCAUGUUAGGCAAUCCAUCCUGCAAUAUAGAUGGGACAUGAUCCAGAGGCUCGAAGAGCCACAGGCAAGGAUGAGAGAAGAGAAUAUGGAAAGGAUUGGGGAGGAGGUGAGACAGCUGAGGGAAAAGCAGUUGAGUCAUAGUUUGCGGGCAGUUAGCACUGACCCCCCUCACCAUGACCAUCAUGAUGAGUUUUGCCUUAUGCCUUGAAUCCUCAUGUUUCCCUUGAUGUUACUAGGGAGACACCUGCUUCCUAAGCUUACAUGUUCUGGUGUACCUUUGUUGUAAACCUAUUGAAGUCACUCGUUUCUGGUGGGUCUCCUAUUACCAGCUUCUAGUUGAAUGUUGUGUUUUUCAGAUUUUGUUAGCAGGAGAAUUUUACCUAUUGCAUGGAAAGAUGCUCAUUAUAUAUUGUGAAAUUAAUAAAGUGGUUUUAAAAAGUC